GUGACUGCGCCGCCACGUGACCACGUCUGUUCGCCAGGAAAGGGGGCGGUGGGGCAAGAUGGCGGCCCACCUGUCCUACGGACGAGUGAACCUGAACGUGCUGCGCGAGGCGGUGCGUCGCGAGCUGCGCGAGUUCCUGGACAAGUGCGCGGGUAGCAAGGCAAUAGUUUGGGACGAGUACCUCACAGGACCCUUUGGCCUGAUUGCACAGUAUUCGCUACUGAAGGAACAUGAAGUGGAAAAAAUGUUCACACUUAAGGGAAGUCGUUUGCCUGCAGCUGAUGUCAAGAAUAUUAUUUUUUUUGUCAGACCCAGGCUAGAACUAAUGGAUAUAAUUGCUGAAAAUGUGCUCAGUGAAGACCGACGUGGCCCAACAAGAGAUUUCCACAUUUUGUUUGUGCCAAGACGUAGUUUACUAUGUGAACAGCGGUUAAAGGAUCUGGGUGUUCUGGGAUCCUUUAUUCAUAGGGAGGAGUACAGCCUCGACCUCAUUCCAUUUGAUGGGGAUCUCUUAUCCAUGGAAUCAGAGGGUGCAUUCAAAGAGUGCUACCUGGAGAGUGACCAGACGAGCCUCUACCAUGCAGCUAAGGGGCUGAUGACCCUGCAGGCUCUGUAUGGAACAAUCCCCCAAAUCUUUGGGAAAGGAGAGUGUGCCAGGCAAGUGGCCAAUAUGAUGAUCAGGAUGAAGAGAGAGUUUACAGGAAGCCAAAAUUCAAUAUUUCCCGUUUUUGAUAAUCUCUUGUUGCUCGAUCGAAAUGUGGAUUUAUUAACUCCUCUUGCUACUCAGCUUACAUAUGAAGGACUCAUUGAUGAAAUCUAUGGCAUUCAGAACAGUUAUGUGAAGUUACCUCCGGAGAAAUUUGCACCAAAGAAACAGGGUGAUGGUGGGAAGGAUCUGCCCACAGAAGCAAAGAAACUUCAGCUGAAUUCCGCAGAGGAGCUCUAUGCUGAGAUCCGCGACAAAAACUUCAACGCGGUGGGCUCUGUGCUUAGCAAGAGAGCGAAGGUGAUCUCUGCAGCAUUUGAGGAAAGGCACAAUGCUAAGACAGUUGGAGAGAUCAAGCAGUUUGUUUCCCAGCUGCCCCACAUGCAGGCAGCAAGAGGCUCACUUGCAAACCACACCUCAAUUGCUGAGUUAAUCAAGGAUGUUACCACUUCUGAAGACUUCUUUGAUAAACUAACAGUGGAGCAGGAGUUUAUGUCUGGAGUAGACACUGAUAAGGUCAACAGUUACAUCGAAGACUGUAUUGCCCAGAAGCACCCACUGAUCAAGGUGUUAAGACUAGUUUGCCUCCAGUCCGUGUGCAAUAGUGGGCUCAAACAAAAGGUUCUGGAUUAUUAUAAAAGAGAAAUUCUCCAGACAUAUGGCUAUGAGCACAUAUUGACAUUAUACAACUUAGAGAAGGCUGGCCUGCUGAAACCACAGACAGGAGGCAGAAACAAUUACCCAACAAUCCGGAAAACGCUACGCCUCUGGAUGGAUGAUGUGAAUGAACAGAAUCCCACGGACAUAUCGUACGUGUACAGUGGUUAUGCCCCUCUCAGUGUGCGACUGGCCCAGCUCCUCUCGAGGCCCGGCUGGCGCAGUAUCGAGGAAGUUCUCCGCAUACUCCCAGGGCCCCACUUUGAAGAACGGCAACCAUUGCCCACAGGACUGCAAAAAAAACGUCAGCCAGGAGAAAACCGAGUCACUCUGAUAUUUUUCCUCGGGGGUGUAACCUUUGCUGAAAUCGCUGCCCUGCGAUUUCUCUCCCAGCUGGAAGAUGGAGGUACAGAAUAUGUGAUUGCCACCACUAAACUAAUGAAUGGGUCCAGCUGGAUAGAAUCUCUAAUGGAAAAACCUUUCUAGGGUGAUCAAAGUCGACUUGAGUGAACUGCAAAAGAAACUGCUCCUUUGGAGAAGCUGCCAAAAGGAAGUGAAACAUUGAAAAAUAACUAACAAUACAGAAUUUAUUUCGAGGGUCAGCUUCUUCAGUUACACUGUUUUCUCCUUUGUGCUCUUUUUGUUUUUCCAAUUUCUUGAAAAAAAAAAAAAAAGAAGAAGAGAAUCCACCUGGCUAACACCAAGUUGUUAAUGUUCUAAGCUCAGGAUUUUCGUUAGAGACCUCUGGAAAUGCACUAAGGAUGGUGGGGAUGGAUAAUUUUAUACAGCUGCAUAAAUGGGGCCAGUUUUAAAAAUAAGAAGGCAGGGACUGGUGGGUACAAAUGAGAAGUGGAAAGUCUCACCCCUGAUAAACAGUGCUUUCUUGAAGGCACAUCAUGCCAUGGGCAGUGGCUAGGUAUUGGGGCAAGAGCUGGUCUUAUCAUUGAGUCAGGAUUUCUUUUCCCUGCAGAGUAUGGUACAUUAUAUUUGGUGUUGUCAGCCUCUGUCUUAUGUGAUCACUAAGGCAAGUGUUGAUUCCUUCUGCUUUCUAUUCCUCUGCUUCUAUAGAGCAAGAGGUGUGGAGGGACAUCUUUCUCCAAAUCAGAGUGUAUCAUCUGUCUGAGUAGCUUAAUUUCUGUGGGUCUCAUAUUUCUCAAGAGCUUUUUACAUUGAAGAAUUUGAGGAUUGGGAAGCAGUGUCCUGAGAAUUUGCUUAGACACUAUUCAAAGACACUUUCUUAGCACACAUGUUGUUCACUCCAUGACAUUUCUAUGGUAGAUAUCUCCACUGAGGCUUGGGUUUUUCUUCCCCACCCAUUGUGGGCACCAGUACCAGCUGGUCCAACCGUGAGCAGUAGUAAGUCUUGCUUCUUUUGGCAGCACCACCUCCAUGGUAAUUGCCGCAUGUACUUCUCUGCAGCCACACCACAUUCAGCCUCUUGCAUUUGUUUUACUUGAAAACAAACAGCUCCGUUUCAGUCCCUGGUCCAGUGACCUCAGCCUCCUCUGGUGCAGCUCAUCGAUGAUCUUGGAGUCCAGUGGUCACUGCUAGCCUGCAUGAGACUGUUAGCCUGUGGGGCAGAAGAGCAAGGUGUUAGUGGAGAGGCUAGAAACCCGUGUGUGCUCCCUGCCUUCCUCCUGCUCCAUCCCAACAUUUGGAAGUUAAAUCCAAGAAGGGGACCAAAUUGGUGAUUUCAUACCCCAUGCCCAAGUCUCCCCUCUGUUGGGGGAUCAAGGUCAUUGUCCCUCCUCAGGCGAGUUGUGGCUUCUAUUGUUUAUCAUUAACCACACAUGUUUUUUUCUCCUUUUGUUUUGUGAGAUUCUGGUAGCACACUGUGUGCUAUGAGUGAAAGAGAAAUUCUAUUUAAAAAAAAAAAGUUCUCUUUAAGAAUGAGGAGAAGAGGUCAUAUUUAAAAGAUCUCCCUCUCAUGCAUUCAAUUUGGCCUUGACAUUCAGUAUUUGGAAAAUGGUCUUUAAAAAACUAGUCCUGUUUUAGAAAAUCCUUUUUCAAAUACUUGUUAUCCCAGGGAGAUUAUACCUUCCAUUCCCAGCUGUUGUCAGCUUCAGCCGCCUAAGUGAAUGAAAUCCACCUUGUUCCUCAAUGUCUUUGGCUCAUGGGAUUCAAUACAAGCCUGGUCAGGUCUCCUUGGCUGGGGUUUUUGUCCUAUGAACAGAUACUCAGUUGUGUCUCAUGUGUCUGCAUUCACUCGUGACUCUAUACUUGCUUGCCCAGAGCAUAGUUAGGUCAGCUCCUAAAAUGCAUUUAGCAGAAGACUUAAAAACAUCAAUUGCUCUAUUUAUAUGCAAAUAGAAAGUGGUGGAUAAUUAUAUAUGACACACCUUUGUGUAAGUUCAUUUAAUACUUGAAACAGCCUUUGUCUCAAAGUAGUAUGCCCUUACUGAGAAAGGGUAUGUGAAUGAUACAUUUAUUCCUGGAGAGGGCAGAUUGUUUACAGCACGUCUGGACUUCUGUUUAGUUAGGUAGACAGUUCUACCAUGCCAGCAACUCCUAAAAAAGAAGUCUGUAUAGAUAAAGAAGCCUACCUAGGCACUGUUCUGUGUCUUACUAUACACUUCUGAAUUUUAGCCAACAGAGAAGUAUUUGAAUUGUAGUGUAACUGUAGAACAAGAGAAUACAGGCAUACCGAGAGAUACUGUGGCUUUGGUUCCAGACCACCACAAUAACGUGAAUGUGGCAAUAGAGUGAGUCAAAUGGAUUUUUUGGUUUUCCAGUGCAUAUAAAAAUUGUUUAUACUAACCUGUAAUCUCUCAAGUAUGCAAUUACAUUGUGUCUUUUAAAAAACGUGUAUCCCUUAAUUAAAGAAUAUUGGUAAAAAA